AUGGAGAAGGUUCCCGCGGCGCUGGUCCACGACGGCCUCCUUCCCUUUCUCGAUGCGUCGUCGCUUGGACGGCUGGGCGCGACAAGCCGCUCGUGGCGCGACCAAGUGGCCUCGGCGCCUGCGUGGCGCACCUGCCUCCAGCGUCACUUUGGUGUCCAUGUCGACGUCUAUGGCGCGCGCGACCCGACGCUGUGGCAGCGCGUCAUGGCCACCCUUGUCGCCGACGCCCGAAAGCUCCAGCACGCGGUGGUCGCCGACGACGUCCUCGUGAUUGCAGCCGCGACAGCGCCGCUGCUACCCGCUUCGGGGGCGGCCAUUCGCCAAGAGAUCGUGCUCAUGCAGGGCUUGCGCCGGUUCCCCACUGACGCGAACCUCAUUGCCGCGUACGCCACCGCGAUUCGGCAGCAGCUACUGCUUGUACAAAUAUAG